AUGGAGAACUACCAAAAGAUGGAAAAGAUUGGCGAGGGCACGUACGGUGUUGUUUACAAAGCCCGCGACCUCAGCACUCCCGACAACCGCAUCGUCGCCCUCAAGAAGAUCCGUCUAGAAGCCGAGGAUGAAGGUGUGCCGUCGACUGCCAUCCGCGAGAUCUCGCUCCUCAAGGAGAUGAGCGACCCCAACAUUGUGCGCCUGUUCAACAUUGUCCACGCCGACGGCCACAAGCUGUACCUCGUCUUCGAAUACCUCGACCUCGAUCUGAAGAAGUACAUGGAGGCUCUGCCCGUCUCGCAGGGAGGCCGUGGCAAGCCUCUGCCCGAGGGCUGCAUGGACGGCCGCGCCGGCCACAUGGGUCUCGGCGAGGCAAUGGUCAAGAAGUUCAUGCACCAGCUCUGCGCCGGUAUCCGCUACUGCCACGCCCACCGCAUCCUGCACCGCGACUUGAAGCCGCAAAACUUGCUCAUCGACAAGGAGGGCAACCUCAAGCUCGCCGACUUUGGCCUGGCCAGAGCCUUUGGCGUCCCGCUCCGCACAUACACCCACGAGGUCGUCACCCUCUGGUACCGCGCUCCCGAAAUCCUCCUCGGUGGUCGUCAAUACAGCACAGGCGUCGACAUGUGGUCCAUCGGCUGCAUCUUUGCCGAGAUGGCCACUCGCAAGCCCCUGUUCCCCGGCGACUCUGAGAUUGACGAAAUCUUCAAGAUCUUCCGCAUCCUCGGAACUCCUAGAGAAGAAGACUGGCCCGGCGUCACCAGCUUCCCCGACUUCAAGCCUAGUUUCCCCAAAUGGAAUCGCAACCCUGACGACGACAUCAUCAACCACGACGGUGCAAGAGUUCUGGGCGAGGACGGCAUCGACCUCCUCGAGUCGCUGCUCAUCUACGACCCUGCCGGCAGAAUCUCAGCAAAGCAGGCCUGCCUCCACCCCUACUUCAACGACUCAAAGUACUAUGGCGCGCGAAACGGCUACCACUGA